AUGUCUGACUCUGAUCGAACGAUCAUUAUGAAUAUUGUCCCAACGACGCGGCAUUUUGUAGUCAAGUUGUAUUGCGGUCGCCGUUUAGGGGUCACAAGGGCAUUUCUUAUCCCACGUUUCCUCAUGGAUGGUCACCGCGUAUUCCUGGACUGGCAAUCUUCAGUGCAACUAUCUUUACUCUCGCGUCGAAAUGUACAAAGCGCAGCGUCCACGUCAAACCCUAUAGAUGUCGAAGAAGCUAGGAUACUCAUCUGCUGGACGCACUGCGGACUCAAUGAGAGCUUCUCGCUAGGGCGUGGAUUUCCCUUCACAGUGCGCCGUAAUGUUCUCAACCUCGUGGUGCAUCACACCAUCAAGAAUGACGCGAUGGUCGAUGAGAAGUCAGAUUUAACACCCUUUGAUCCAUCACUGACAGCGCCUAUUGAAACUCUGCGCCUGUUGUACUCGUAUCCCGAGUUCGACGGAUUGGAGGACGAGAAUCCGCUUGUCAUCCCUGACAUCAUCCGCAAGAAAAUAUUCGAACUCUAUGGACCCGAUGUGCCAUCAUCUAGCGUCUGCUUAGUGACAUAUAGUUGGACAGUCCGUCUCAAAUUCAAGAAGUACGAAUUGGGCGAGCUACUCCGUUGUUGUGUAUGCCGGGAUACAUUCGUCGGCGCGUUCACAACUUCCACACGGAGCAUUUCGCAAACUAUCGCGAAAACCUGGUAUUCGAGAUUAGAACAUUCGUGCAUUUUGAAAGACAAGCUUGUCCCGAAAUAUUCCAAGCACAUGUCCCUCGAUCCGGAAAGCGUGAAGCCAGUCGUCAAUCGCGGUCUCUUGCUGCGCAUUGAGGGUGAAAAGCCCGACGGGUCUCGUGCUGACUUUUCGGACUUACCAUCCAUUGAAGCGGUGGUAUUCUCGCAGAAGAUAAUUCAGACAGACCGCCGUGGGCAUUCUCUUCCUGGGCUGGGUAUCCCCGACUACCAUCCCGAUGUGCGGGUGGGCAGGAGGGAAGGUACUGGCGGCUUGCAGUGAGUAUGGGCAAAAAGUGCCUGCAUGACAGAUUGCUUUAUGUCAAACUCUGUAUCUGUACAAGAAGCAUGCUACCACCGCUCCAAGAAUCGUUGCAAUUUGCGUUGUAUCACCAUUUAACUCAGCCUGGAGCCUUGAUUCGCGCUUGACGCGGCCAAGUACCAGCAGGGUUCGUCUCUCGAACGUGUAACUCGUAUGAUGUAGUCAAACAACCAAAUAUUGAAGUUUCCGAGAAUGGCGGCCUAACCCAACUGACGAAGAAAGCCGCGAGCGAGUUGAGUGACAGCGGCUGAGAGCCCUGCUGAGAU